AUGACUUCAACUUGUUGGUCUGCUAUGAUGAAUGCUCCUCUUGCAUUUAUGAAUAACCUCAAAGAGGCUAUUCACUGCUACCAUAGUCUUACAUUGAUCAUUACCUGUAUUUCGACCUCAUUUCUAGCACUAUCUCUUUUCAUAAAUCUGAGGUCCAAAUGGGUGAGUCAAAACCAAACUUACAUAUUUUCUGAAAGAUCUGACUUUUGGCAGAGGGAAGCAAAUUUCAUGAAGCAGCAUGGUUGCGAUGAACCUGCAUCGCUGAAAUACAAGUGGCCAUUUGCACUCGAUCUAGUAAUACUGGCAUUUUCAAUGAUUCAAAAGAAGCAAUCCCUACAAUGGUUUUCAUCGAUUUUCGAAAAUACAGGUACAACCUUUCAGCAGCGCAUUCUUGGUGCACGCAGUAUCAGCACCAUAGAACCGAGUAACAUCGAGUCUAUUCUGAACUCCAACUUUUCCGGUAACUUUCGCGCUCUGCAUACAUAUCUACGUACAUUGACUGAUUUCUGUAUGAAUAGCUUAUGGCCUUGGAAAGCGUAGAGCCACCUUCUUUCCAUUACUUGGAGAUGGGAUUUUCACGCAAGAGGCAUUGCCUUGGAAGCAUUCUCGGGAUAUGUUACGGCUCUUGUUUUCGCUAAACCGUACGAACAUUUUUAAACAGGUAGAGGAGCAUACUGAGCACCACGUACAUUGCAUACCAAAUAGGGAAUAUGUCGAUUUGCAACCUCUGUUCUUUCAAUUCACAUUCGACACCACAACGUUCCUUCUCUUUGGGAAAUCAAUGAACUCCAUACAAGCGACAUCUACUCAAGGCAAAUUGAUCGCUCGUGAAGCUGGUUUCUCUGAAGCCUUUAGGAUUCCUCAAGAUUAUCUGUUUAGACGUGGAAGACUGGGAGAUCAGUAUUGGUUGAUUGGGGGUAAGGAGUUCCGUGAGAAUUGUUCAAUUGUACACCAAUUUAUCGACGAAGCUAUUCAUGAGGCACUCUCGGCUGAGUAUCAGGAGAAUAAGCUGGGCCGUGUCCAUAGUUUUCUGGAUGCACUGAUGAAGGAAACGCGGGAUUCUAAAGUUCUGCGUGAUCAGCUACUGAAUGUAAUGCUGGCUGGCAGAGACACAACAGCUUGUUGUCUGACAUGGACUUUGUAAGUCAUGCCCCAAAGAUUAUUCGGAAUGUUCAAUUGAUAUCAAAUAUCUAGCCGACUUCUGGCACAACAUCCAGCAGUGUUUGAAAAGCUUCGUAUGGAAAUUGGGUCCACUCUUGGGAAGUUUUCGAUUUUGCCAGAUAGUAAUUCCCUGAAAAAGAUGAGAUAUCUGGGUUUCGUUUUGAAGGAAGGUUAGUAAACAUUCUCACGUUUUCUUGAUAGUCAAAUCAAAGCCUGAGAAUUGUAGUCCUCCGGCUCUACCCAUCAGUACCAAUAAACUCCCGUACCGCCCUUGAAACAACCAUAUUACCAACAGGAGGUGGACCAGAUGGCACCAAGCCACUGAUGAUCAAAAAAGGCGAAGCCGUUGGUUAUUCGGUGUAUAUUAUGCACAGACUGAAGAAUCUAUACGGAGAGGAUGCCGAAAGUUUCCGUCCAGAACGCUGGGAUCCUGAGGUCAAGAAUGAUGUGGAUCUUAGGAACAUUGGAUAUGGUUACCUUCCAUUCAACGCUGGCCCAAGAGUGUGUUUAGGACGUAAGUAGAACCUCCAUCCUUUAAUUUCAAUACCGUGCCGUACUAAGAGAUUCUAGAGGAAUUCGCAUUACUGGAAGCUGGCUUUGUGACAGUCAGAAUAUUGCAAAGGUUUAGCAAACUUGAUUUACAUCCAGAUGAUGCGAAGAUUCCAGUUGGGAAAGAGGAUCAAGAGGUGACGCUGGUUGUUGCAAGUACAAGUGGAUGCCGAGUCAAGGCAAGUUGGGCUUGA